GUGCCGCUCGCUCUCUACCCGUUUGGCUCACACCAACAACAACACAGGUAAGGCAGCGCCGAGUCGCUGCUUUUUGUUUUGCGGGCUGCUGUUUGCUGGUGCAGCCUUGGAGCGGGUGCUGAAGGAUGUCUGACAAUGUGUAUGCGAUGGAGGGCGAGGAAAACACCAUUCGCUUCGCCCGCAAAGGUGCCCUAAGGCAGAAAAACGUUCACGAAGUCAAGGACCAUAAAUUCAUCGCUCGCUUCUUCAAGCAACCCACAUUCUGCAGCCACUGCACUGACUUUAUCUGGGGAUUCGGAAAGCAGGGAUUCCAGUGUCAAGUUUGCUCCUUUGUUGUCCACAAACGAUGCCAUGAGUUUGUCACCUUCUCCUGCCCAGGUGCAGAUACAGGACCUGCCUCUGAGGCUAAUGAAAGGAUGGGAGCAGAAGUACAGUACCAUUAUGGGAAUUUGGAGAUUUCAAAAUGCCGUAUCUGUGAUGAUGUAGCUGUGGAGACUUAA